ACCAAAAUUUAUAAAUAAUCAAAAUAUCAAUCUAAUUGCGUUUUUUAAAACCCUAAACCUAAAACCAGCUGGAGAUCAGUUCCGCCAGAAAGAGAUGGGGGUGAAUAUGGUGUUCGUCUUGGUGGUUGUGUUUGUUGCAGCACAAGUAUCGUCUGUGUUUCCAGCUUCCAUUACAGCACCUGCGUUUCUAUGGGGUUCUGAUGAUUAUGGUUUAUCAUUGCACGGUGUAAAAGAAGGUAUCACUUACCAAACACUCUCUCCCCAUUAUUUAGCUAAAUCUGUGCUCUUUGAAGGCGGUUGGUCAAACAUAGUGUGCUCUAUGGAGAAUCAUCAUCCAAAAGUGGAUAUUGCACUUGUAUUUGUUGGGAGAAAGUUGCAAUCAUCAGACCUAUCAAAGACCAAGUACAAAGACCAAGCUUUGUUGGAUGUGUUGAAGCUUUCAUUAAGCCACUCCAACUUCUCCAUGGCAUUCCCAUAUGUUGCCUUUUUGGAAGAGAAGGGCAAAUUGGACAACUCUUUGUUUUCAGAAUUUAUUGAAAAUUGUGGGCAUAAAUUAGAAAUGAACCAUGUUGCAUAUCUUGAAUCUUGCUCUAUUGAUGGCGAGAACUUUAAGAAACUUCAAGAUCUACAAUCCUUUCAAGAUUUUGUUGGUACAAGAAUGGAAAAUGGGGGAAAUGAGAAGAAGACUGAUCUUGUGUUUUUCUGCAAUGUUGACUCUGGACAACUAGACCACGUUAAGUCAGAAGGAGAAAUUUUGCGUGAGCUUGUGAAUUUUCUGGAUCAAUCUGGUGCAUCAUAUUAUAUGCUUUAUGUUUCCGACCCAUACACGUCACUUCAGUGCCUGCCUAAUUUGUCAAGAAGGAGGAUUCUUGCAGACAACACUAGCGAAAAUUCAACUACAUGUGAUGGAGUUUGCCAAAUCAAAUCAUCUCUUUUGGAAGGAUUUUUUGUAGGGAUCGUGCUUCUGAUAAUAUUGAUAUCAGGCUUGUGUUGUAUGAUGGGAAUCGACACUCCUACAAAAUUUGAGACUCCUCAAGAAUUAUAAUAUUUGGUCGAAGAGGUUCCUUGCUGAAACAGUGGAAUCUUCAGACGAAUGGGAUACGAUGAGGUUCGUAAGGCCAUACAGAUUAAUAACUUAGCUGAGAUGUAUAUAGCCUAUUAUAACUGAUGCCUUUAGUCCUAAAUCCAGUUGCAUGCCUCUUGUACUAGUUUCCUAUUCUGGCAAAAUAGGAAUAGUUUCUGUUGUAUUAUCUAUAUGCUGAAAUCUUCAUCUUCUGUUUGAUGUGGUAUGAAGGACUUUCAUUAUACCAGAAAAUGAAGGUUUCCUUUUGUAAUUACAGCAAGAUUUUCCUUGUGA